AUGUCUCAUUUGAUGCCCCGACAGGAAGUAACGACUGUGGUCAGUCAUACAAGUUCUGUUGAAGCGCCUGGGAGGACAGUGACGCUGGAACGCACAUCGACGUCUUAUGCACCGCCGCCGCCCCAAACAAACUCACCAGAGCCUGAGAAGAACGAUUCCAGUACACCAGCAGGCCCCGUAGCAGGAGGUGUUGUUGGAGGUGUUGUGGGACUCGCCCUGAUUCUAGGUGUUCUUUGGUACCUGAUUCAUCGCAUUCGACGUAAUCGUGCCACACGUGCUUUGGAUGAUAUGUACGCCGAAACUGGUAUGGGAGGCGGUGGCGUGGAUCGCCAUGCACGUACGCGAGCUAAUAAUCCAGCCACUAUGCCUUUGUCGAGCUCAUGGGACUCUGGCACGCCGAUCCACAUGGAGCAGGAUAUGUACGAUGCACCGAUGGCUGUGCCAACAGAUCCGACACAAACUGCAUUCGCUGCACCCAUUCAUUCGCAAGCACGCCAAGACUCACUUGAUGCUCCGGGCUUUAUCACACAUCCAUUGGAGGCGGAUGUGCCUUGGCAGACUCACAUCAUCCCGGAAGACCCGUCGGUGUCUGUCGCUCACCAAGCCCCGCAUGAGUCGUAUGUACCUGAAGCUUUGCGCGUAACAAAUGCUGGCUUGGAGCCGACAACUCCACCUUCCAUGCCUGCGUAUGCUCAAGAAGCUGAACAGGCAGUUGAGGAAAACCCUCGAAUGGGCACUUUGAUAUCCGAGAGGACUCAGCCACCUGGCACAGGUACACAGGUGAACCCCACGUUGCUUACAGUUAGGCCUGAUAACAGCACAUCCCCUAAUGGAACUAUACCGCCGGGAACGUCUCACUCUGGCACUGCUUUGCAGUCGACGCCAGCUGAGCUUUCCGUGAACACAAAUCAUUUGGAACGGAAUGCAAGUUUAGCCGAAGACGAACGUUCACCUCUAUCAAUGUACAUGUGGCUUCCAUCUCACAAAGUGGCCGGCAUCACUUCACCAAGUCAAACCGCGUCACAAACACCUGCGACUAAUACUGUAUCCACCGGCGACUACUCCACCCAAACAUUGAAUCGUGUCAACUCUAGCUCUUAG